UGAACAACAAUAUUUACUUAAAUUAACAUUUCUGUAAAAAAAAAUAGUUUUAUUAAAUAUAAAUAUGCUGUGUUGUGUUUGCCUUUUGGAAACCCACGAUACAAUGGGUAUUUCCGAUGAUAUGGGCAAACAAUUGAAUAUUGCUGAAGUUAUAACCAAACAUUUUUGGUUUAAGCACGAAGACCUACUAACAUCACACAUUUGCUCCAUAUGUUGGGGUAAAAUAGAUGAUUUCCAUGACUUCUACCAAACUAUUGAAAAAACCCAUAAAGAGUUUCAAAGUGUUCAACAAGAUUUGGCCAUUAUUAAAGAGGAAGAUAAUUAUUUGGUUACAAAUAGUAUAAAACAAGAAGAUAUUGAUAUAGAGGAGGGCUAUAUAAAUGUAGAUAAAGAUUUGCAAGUAGAAAUCGAAAUUAACAUUGAUCACACGGACACAAUAAAGAAUCCCUUGGCGGAUAAUGAACAUAAUGAUAGUGAUGAGGAGAUAGUUAAUGAGGAUGGUGAUGGCAAUGAUAGUACAACAUCGGAAGAGUAUCAACCUAGCAAAACAAAGAGGAGGAAUACAAAUAAAAAUACAGCAAAUGGUGAAAAAGUUAAAAUUGAAAAUAAACCAAAAAGAUGUAAACGCAAGAAACUAGAGAAGAAAUCAGAGGAAAAUAAUACUGAACCCAAAAGAAAAAAACCUAUUUUUAAUCGUUUAGAUCCUUUACACACUGAGGAAAUGAUCAAGAAGCAUAUACCAAUGGGCUGUAAUUUAUGUGUUUUUGUGGGUAAGACAUUUGGUGAUAUUGUGGCUCAUUUUAAAACAGAUCAUCCCAAUGUAAGAGCUUACAUAACAUGUUGUGACAAAACAUUUACAAAACGUUUUUAUGUGGCCCAACAUGCCAUGACUCAUGAAAAUCCUGAUUGUUUUAGUUGUGAGCUAUGUAAUAAAUCCUUUACAACAACUGGUGGCAUGCAAAAGCAUAAUUUAAAAUAUCAUGCUCCAGAUGAGGAGCUUACAUUUGCCUGCGAUUUAUGUCCACAGAAGUUUGCCCGCCAGCAUUUGCUGCAAUUACAUAAACCAUCUCAUAUACCGCGUGAAGAAUGGAAUUUCUUUUGCAACAAAUGUCCUACCUCAAAAGCCUUUGCAAGUGCAUAUUUGUUAAAUAUACAUGAUAAUAAAUUGCACAAAAGAGAAAAGAACAUUUGUAAUGUUUGUGCCAAAGAAAUAAAAGAUAAAAAGUCUUUCGAAAAACACGUCCGAGAACAUUAUGAGGGCAGUGGACCGAGAUUAAAAUGUCCCGUACCAAAUUGUGAUAGUUGGCUAAAGGAUGAAGAUAAUUUAAAAGUACAUUUGCGAAGACACAAUACCGACGAUCAAAUCUACAAAUGUCCUCUGUGUGAUAAAAUAUGUCCAAAUCGUAGGGCUUUAUCUAGCCAUAAAGUUUAUGUACAUACAAAAGAAGUUUUUAAAUGUGAACAUUGUGAUAAAACAUUUAAGAGAGCAAUAACACUAAAGGAACAUAUGACUCAACAUACUGGUGAAGUUUUGUAUAAUUGUCCAUUUUGCACUAGAACCUUUAAUUCGAAUGCUAAUAUGCAUUCUCAUAAAAAGAAACAACAUCCUCUGGAAUGGGAGGCGUUAAGAAGACAAAAAAUGGGUAAUCCUAGUGAAAAUAUUUUGGAAAUAAGUAAAAUGUUCUAAUUUUAUGUGUGAGUUAACAUUUAAAAAUAUAAUUUUAAUAAAAAAUACUUCUAGUUUAA